AUGAGCUCGGAUCUAGUGUCGGUGCUGAACGACGGCACGCUCCGUGACUACACGGAGGAAUGCACGCUCCUGCUUUCGCGGUUGUACCCCGAGGCCCAGCGUGCCGAGUGGGUCGACGCGCUGGCGAAGGAGGCAACGGCCGCUGACGAGGCGCAGAGCCCCGAAGAAGGCGCCGAGAAAGCGCGCGAACUCGUCAAGAAGCUCGUGCACGCCACGCCGGGUGUGACUGACGGCACGGACCGCGAGGUCGAGGGUCUGUUUAACUUGCUUGUGACGCUUGUCGUGCGCAACUUUGCCGAGGACAGUGCCGAGCGUGCCUCGCUCCUGACGCACCUCGUGCAGAGCGUGAGCGACACGAGCUCGGCCGCCGCCGCCGAGCGCAGUGUGAUCAAGUACCGCAUCCUUGCGAACAUUUUCAACGUCCUCCCCCCCACCUCGUCCCUUCGUCUCGAUGUAUUCAGCGCGCUGCUUUCCCUCGCCUCGGUGAAUGGCGACGUGGACUUUUUGAACGCGGCGCUCAAGUCGCUCCCCGAAUGGCUCGCGCAGUGGGACGUGGCUGCGGACAAGAAGAAUGCAUGCCUCGCGAGCGUUUCGGCCGCCCUGCAGGCCCCUGACGCGGGCCCCGAGUGGGUGGCCAAGGCAUACCAGUUUGCGCUCCUGCACCUGCGUUAUAUCUCGAACGAGGCGUCGCUGUCGGCAGAUGUGCGCCGCGACGUCGCGGAAAAGAGCAUUGCAGACGUGCUCCGCCUGCCGAAGCUCUUUGAGAUGGAGGAGCUGCUCCACGUCAAGGCGGUGCAGGACCUGCAAGGCGCGCCCGUCUUUGAACUGCUCAAGAUCUUUGUCGCGGGCUCGCGUGCUGAGCUCGAGCAGUGGGCGUCGAAGAACAAGGAGGUGCUCACGCGUCUCGACCUCGAUCUCGACGCGCUGAGCCGCAAGAUGCGCCUCUUGGACCUCGCGACGCUCUGUGCGCGGAGUGUCUCUGCGGAGGUGUCCUACGCGGACAUUGCGCAGGUCCUCGGCGUGAGCGACGACGAGGUCGAGGCGUGGGUCAUUGAUGUGAUCCGUGCCGGCCUCGUCUCGGGCAAGCUUUCCCAAGUGAAGCAGUCCUUUAGGGUGUACCGCUCGACGCACCGCACCUUUGAAAAGCCGCAGUGGGAGUCGCUCGAGGAGCGCCUGACCCAGUGGCAAAAGAGCAUCCAGACGCUGAUUGCGACGAUUGGUACUGCCGGCGCACAGAACCGCGCUCCGAGCGCCGUGGCCGAGGCGGGCGCGCUUCCGUCGCAGGACGAGGCGCACGCCCAGGAAACGGCUGCUUCGUCGUAG